AUGCGUCUCAGCUCCCUCAUCACCUUUGCCCUCGGCGCCAUUGCGAACGGCGCGACACUCCAAGAGGAGGCCACGGCGGGCAACGGCAAUGGAUUAGUUGCAGCCCGAAACUGCAAUAUUGGCUAUAACUACUGUGGCUGGUAUCUUGCCGACGGCUUAGGCUGGGAGAAUGUCCCUGAUCGCCAGGGCCUUUACGACUGCAUAUCACCAACCAGCGCCAGACGCCUGGAACAUUGCAACAGUGGCUGCAAGGGACCCUGUGCCCGUUGUGGAUAG